UUGUGUCCAUUACAAAUGUCUCGAGGUGAUUUUUGAUACCUUUUGCUUGCCAUACCUAUCGGCCGCUCACACCUGUCCGCGCGCGACGCUGAGCUGGAGGAAGCGGCAGGUGUCCUCACAGAGGCUGAGCGACGUCGAGGAAGUUUCACCGGAGAGUUUUCACGUUUAUACCGCGGGAGUCAUCAGCUUAACGAUGAGGAGUGAAGCAGAAGAUACCAUGUCAGACAUGAGGAGACGUUCAUGACGACAAGAUUAAACGUCGAAGAAGUCCAUCAGCGGGUACACUUGUGCGUUUCCGUUGGACCAUGUACGAGCCUCGGUACUACGACAGCCCCCCUUUAUACAGCCCACCUUACAGCGCCACGUCCCACAGUUUCUAUCCUCCGAGAAGUGUCCACUCCCCCCAGAGUCAGCACGCCCCUUACACCUAUGAUCUCCCUCCUAACUCGUACUGCGCGGAGGGGAGGCCUCAACACUUCUACCACUACUUCUCGCCUCCUGGUUUUGUUAAAACCUUCCAAGGAGCCACGGCGCUCAUGUGUUUCAUCAUCUUCGCCUGUGUGGCUUCGACCCUGGUGUGGGACACAAACGGGUUUGGGUAUGGUGGCUUCGGGGUUGGGAGCACGGGCUCUGUCGCAGGAGCGGGCUCGGGAUAUUACGGAGGCAGCUACGGCUACGGCGGCUCCUACAUGACGCCACUGUCCGCCAAGUCGGCCAUGAUCUCUGUAGCUGCCAUCAACUUCCUGAUUUCGUUGGGGUUCCUGGUGGGGAGUUUCUCACGGUCUCGGAUCAUGCGAGGAUGCAGGUUUUACCUGAUUGUGUUCAUCUGUGAUAUCAUCCUGGCUGUCCUUCAGGGUAUCAUCGAUAUCAUAUUCGUGAUCGGCGUGAACCCGAUGUCCCAGAGCUCCCAGAGCAUGCUGUACAACCCCAUGCUGAUGAUGUGUCAGAACAUCCAGGGCAGCCCCAGCCUCAGUGGGAGUGUGGGGGCUGGUUUUCCAGGAGGCUUCCCCAUGUACAAUCAAUAUCUCCAUCACUACUGCUACAUGGACCCUGAAGAGGCGGUGGCCUUUGCAUUAGGCCUAAUGGUGGUUCUGGCCUUGUCCUUCUCCGCCUACUAUGCCUACAAGACUCGCAGCAAGAUCUGGCGCCAUGGAAAAUACAACAUUCUCUGGGACGAUCCUGCAGUCAGGCCAGUGGACGGGCAAGACGUCAUGAACUGGAUGAACCAUGUUGGGGAUGUGCAAAGCACCCAGCAGGCACCAACUGUAGUCAUAUCGGAGAGAGCAGCUCCUGUCCUGAGGGCAGAGGACGGUGGGUUUUCCUGUGGGAAAGGAACACCUGGUAUCCACACUGAGGAAUGCUCCAAAAGCAACAGUGUCUUUGCAGACAUCAAAACGAGCUCUGGAGCUGAAAGUCAGAAUCACAGCGGCAAGGCAGCGAUUCGUUCCAGCAGCUCAGAGGAGAACGACAGCGUCAGGAAGCCUCCUCUUUAUCAAGGAAAGAGAGAAAAGACGAGGGAUAGUCAAUCGAUGUUUGCUACUCAAGUUAUGCUCAAAUCUGGGUAUGAAAGUGGUUACGAUGCAGGAGAGACCGACAAUGAGCUGGACCAAGACCACACGCAUCACCUCUACCGGCUGUACCCAGCAAUAACUUCAGACGAGCAGCGCCGCAAGUACAAGGAGGAGUUUGACUCUGACUUAGCCCACUACAAGAGACUCUGCUCAACAAUGGAUGACAUCGGUGACCGGAUGCACAAGCUGAGUCGAGAACUGGACCUCUUGGAUGAAGAAUCUAUAAAGUAUCAGAGUGUAGCAGAUGAGUAUAAUCGACUAAAGGAAGUAAAAAAGUCUGCAGAUUAUCGAGCAAAGAAGAAGCAAAGCAAAGAACUGCAGAAGAAGCUUUCCCACAUCAAAUGUCUGGUGAAACUGUACGACCAGGGAUUUUGUUAGCUUACAGUAUUCCUACUUCUAACUUACAAAAACGUACUCAAAACAUUUGCUUACAAUACUCAUACUGUUAGUUUACAGUUCUCAUACUACUAAUAUGCAGUACUCGUACUGUUAUUCAACAGUACUUAUAUUGUUGUCUUACAGUAUGUCAUACUAGUAGCUUAUAGUACUAAUGCAGUUAGUUUUAAGUACUAAUACACUAAUAAUACUCUUGUUUAUAGUAUUCCUACUCCUUACAGUACUUGUACUUAUAGGCCGAAUCUGAAUUCUUCCCCUACCCCUAGCUUUAGUCCUCCAAACAGAGUGUUAUGGAAAAAUAGUGUCUUUAAAUCGGGAUGUUAUUAAACCUAAAUGAUGUCAUCAAUAGUGAGCGGUUAUCUACAUUAGCUAACUUUAAAGAGUCUUUCUUAAACAUAGUCAUUACAUACAUGUAAUCAUUGUACCAUCCUAGGCAUGUUUACAUUGAAAGUGGGGUCAUCUGGACCCCACAAGACAGCACCCUGAUUGUUUAUCUUUACUGGUGUCUGUGGCAGACAUGAAAUCCUGACCACCUUUGUCCACUUUGGUCAUGGGAGGAAUCACACAACAAUAUAAGGGUGGGGUCAUCUGGACCCGCACAAGGGUUAAAUGUAAGACCUUUUGUGUCAGAGCACACCCAUUUAAAGAAAUGUGUUUCUCUUCUGCAGCACAGCGUGACACGGAUCACUCUCCUGGCUGAGGAAUACACAGCCAUAAGUCCCUACAGCAGCCUGUUAAAUUAACCAUUUCGGACACCUCUACAGCUUCAAAUGUCCCUGCAAUUGGAGGAGUAGGGAGAAGCUGUAGGGGUAGAGGAGGAAUAAAGAUCCAGCCAUAGUUUACAGUACUCAUACUGAUAGUUUUUAAUACUGCUUUCUACAGUACUCCUUUUUCAUUUACAAUUCUCAUACUGCUAGCUGACUGUACUCAUACUGUUAUUGUACAACACUCAUACUACUUGCUUGUGGUACUCAUACUGUCAAUUUACAAUACUCAUACUGCUAGUUUAAAGUAUGCAUACUGCUGUUUUACAGUACUGUAAGCGCACAGUACCUGUACUGUUAUCAUACAAUACUCAUACUGCUAGCUUACAGUACUCUUAUUGGUAAUAAACAGUAUUCAUACUUCUAUUUUACAGUACUUGUGUAUAUUACACAUAUUGUUAACAUACAAAAUUCAUACUGCUAGCUUACAGUACUCAUAUUGGUAAUAAACAAUAUUCAUACUGCUAUGCUAUGGUACUGUUAGCAUACAGUACGCAUAUUAGCUUACAGUUCUCAUUUUGCUAAUUAACAAUAUUCAGACUGCUAUUUUAUGGUACUGUUAGCGUACAGCAGUACACAUACUGUUAACAUACAAUACUUAUACUACUAGCGUACAGCACACAUUUUGAUAAUUAACAAUGUUCAUACUGUUAGCUAACAGUAUUCAUUUUACAGUACUGCUAGCGUACAGUACGCAUACUGAUAUUUUAUACACACCUACUCAUACUGUUAGCUUAUAGUACUAGUACUGUUAAUGUACAAAACUGAUAUUUUACAAAUGCCUACUCAUACUGUUUGUGAUAUUUGCAGUACUCAGCUGUCUGCGCUGAUAACAGCCAUUAUGACUUGCAUAUUUGGUAUCUCCAACUUUUUACUUUCAAAUCCAACUCCUGAACGUGGAUUUGUGUCAUAUCUUACCUGAAACAACAAAAGUUUGGCUUCUGAGAAAACAUGAAAUGCAGCAUCAAUGGGAAGAAACAUUUAACACCAUCAUGUUGCAUUAUAUGUGCGUAAACACAACUCAGCUUUUAAAUAAGAAAUUCAAAUCUGAGCUAAUCGUCAUUUAUUCAACUUUAAUGCUGCGUUUAACUGUUUGGCAAUUCAAAUUAUAUAGUCAGUAAACGUCAAAGUAAUGAGAUCAAUUACACAUAUUUGGGAAUAUAAAAAUACAAUGCUUAGUUGCCAUCAGACAUGAGAGGUGAGGGUCAAAAACUCUGGAUCAUAAGCUAGAAGACAAAGAUUUAUUUCCAAAUAUCCACGUCUUACGCGUUACUAAUCGCCUUAAAUCACCUGUUUCAACCAAUCAGGAACAAGUAGCCAAGGAGAGGUGGAGAACAUGUAACCUACUAGAACCUGAGGACCACAGGUCUACAGUGACCAGUAAGCCAAUAGCAGCAUGAGUUAAAGCAUGGCCCAAAGGUCACUCAGGACCACCUUUGAUGAUAGAAAUGGUUUCUCUCCUGAAAUGAAGAUAGUUCCACACAAAAUGAAGACAACCACUCUGCAGACCAGACAGUAUAUAUGCGACAAGUAUUUCAGAUUGGAGUUUUUUCACUUCAAACAUUAUGCUAUUAAAUAUUUGGCUUUAAACUGUCAAAUAAUGAGCUGAAACACCUUUAUUUAGACUACAUGUUGGAUUUAAAAUACUUGUUCUAAAGUGUUAUGUACUAAAAUAUCAACCUGUGUGAAAACUGGGACUUCCUGUAAAUGUAUGUUCAUACUUUUUUUUUUUUACAAAAAUGUUUAUUCAGCAUUCCCGAUACAGAUGAUGUUACACUGAUGUUUUGGAAAACAAAUCUAGUACCAUUGGCAAAAAUAUUCCUGUAAGAAAAAAAUAAAGACAUAUUUCCUCCACAAUAGCUUAAAA